AUGGCGUCAAAGGCGGCUAUCGAGCGUCUGAAGGCGGCGGAGAGGGAGAUCAAGAAGCUGAGGGAGGAGAAGCUGGUGGCGGAAAAGAGGAUGGAGUUCCAGACGGCCCGGAAUGACACGAUGUACGGUGUGGUCACCUCGGCCGUGAACAAGCUCACUACACUCGCCGAGGGCGUGACCCAUCACGAGCAGACGUCGGGGAGGAGCAUCCAAACGGCGGUGGACGCUAUGAGGGCGGUUGUGCAGGAGGCGGUGAGCUAUCGCGGCUCCACCCUAGAAUUCAUGAACACGCAGUGGCUGCCCACCGUGCAGGCCCUGCACUUGACGGCUAAUGCUGCACAGGGUAGGCGACAGGAGGACGACCUGCUGCUGUUUCGAGGUGUGGCAGAUGCUCUCGGCCAGAAGAUCAAAACAGUCGUGUCUGCCGAGGUGAAGGCCGCCAUGGAGGGCGAGGCGCAGCGGAUCGCUGCUGCCGUGACUGCGAAGGCCGCGGUCGACCAAGGCGCAGAGGCAGCGUACGUCGCGGCGGCGACUGCAGGGCCGAGUGGCUCAACGGUGGAGGCGGCUAUGUGGAGAGCGGCGGAAGAGGCCGGCGGGGUGGACGAAGAGAUCCUCGCCAGCAUCGUGAUGCCGGACCCGGAAAUCAAGGUCAUGUGGGAAAAACUACAAGCGGCAGCUCCCACCGUGGGAGCGCAACAGGGUGCACCAGCCACCACGCCUGCUCAUGCGGAGUACCAUAGCGCGGCUGGCGCCAAAUCCCCCCCGGCCACAACCGGUGAGGUCGGCGAUGGGAAGCAGAAGCGCAAGGGCAAGGACAAGGCGAAGGGCGGCUCGGCGAAGGUCGGCUCUUCCAAGGGGACGUCCAAAGCGGCCGCGCAGGGUCGGAAGGGUUCAGGCGUCCGCGUUGACCCUUCAAAUGGGCUGGCCGUCUCGGAGAUGAAGUUUGGGAAGAAGAGCCCUUACAUCUGCCGGUCGAUGGACAAGUCCGAGGCCGCCUACUGCAUCGCUGUCGCCGUUUCGUCGUUCGACGGCUUUGUCAGCGACGUGGUUCUCGACGAGUUCGGUGGGGUCAAGGAGGAAGUGAUGGCGCAGUAUAAGGCGGACUGGAAUGUGGCGCGAUUGAUUCCGGGGGGCAUGUGGAUGGUCAUGUGGAGCCGAGGGGCGAACGUCUUCCGCGACAGGUUCCAACAGGUGGUCGCGGAAUACAACAGGAUAAACGGAGCCGACCGCGCAGCUCUCAUGUUGGCUCUUCGCCCGGCGGUGUGGUUCGGCGACCUUCCGGAGUCGACCGAGCCCGAGAAGGCCGCGAAGAACAAGGUGGCGAGCGACAUUAUCGCACGCGUUUCGAUGUGUGCUGCCUUCGCACCAGUGGCCGCGAAAAUGACGCCCAUUCCGGGCGUCGGGUCGGAGCGGUUGUCCGAGAUCCUCGCCGGUACAGCGGCCGCGGUGUGGUGUUUUUCGGGGACCAAUGCCACGGCGGAAGUAGCGGCCGGCGAAGGGGGGGCGGCAGCGACCGUGCGCGGAGCGUCCAAUGAGUUUCCGAGUCUGUGUCGGACCGUCAUUGAGGUGGUGCUUCAGCGGGCGGCCUCCCGGGUGGUCGUCGUAGAGGAGGUCGCCGAAACGGUGACGAAGGGCCUGCAGGCGGCUGUGGUGAGGUCGCUGCCUGAGGUCGGAGAGGAGCGCGAGCACGACGAGCUGAUCGCCCGUGUCAUGAUAGAGAACCUCGCCUUCUGGGGGGACUGCAAUGUCGGAGGCCCGAAGCUCAAGGCUCGCGGCGUCGAUUUGCCUAUCGACCCCCAAGUGAAGAUUAUAAUUCGGGACAGGGGGGCGAGGGGGCAGCAGCACAAAGGGAAGCAGGUCGCCGACGCGUAG